UAUUCUCAUCACAGGAAAAGAGUGCAAAAUCUGAUCCAUAGCUGUCUUCAAUUCAACAAUCUGGUAAAGACUGGAACAAUAUUUUCGAAAAACCUAUACAGUCAUUUGAAGCACAUAAAAACACGUGCUUCGAUUGUGUGGCUAGCUAUCACCAUAAACGCAGUUUUUUAUGGAUUGCUGCCAUUAGCCAUGCCAGGACGGCAUCUACCAGAGGACAAUCAAGUAAUAUAUGGUCUGGAGCCAAUGUUUGAAUCGCCGAAUUUCGAAAUUGCUUACGUCGUGAUGGGCAUAUGCGUUUAUAUCUGCGCCCUUUUCCUGGCUAAUGUGACAGCACUUAAUUUGGUUAUACUUGGAUAUGUCGAAGCACAAAUGAUAACCCUCAGUAUUGAGCUUCAAAACUUAUGGAAGAACGCCGAAUGCUUUUGCGAAACUCAUGCAUCAUCGUACAUUAAAGACGAAGUCAUGAAGAACCACAUUAAGAACAGAUUUACAAACGAAUGUUUGAAAGAUAUAGUUCUAUUUCAUAUUCAUAACGUUAGUAUUAUUAAAGAGUUUGAAGAUGUAUUUCGUGUUACAAAAGCCAUAGAAUUAAUGUGCAUUAUAUUUUCAAUUGUAACCGAAUUGUUAGGAGGCAUCGAAAACACAUAUCUACAAAUGACAUGUACGUUUGUGUUGAUAUUUAUAGAAAGUCUAGCUGGACAAAAAUUGAUGGAUGCAUCAUGUAUGUUCGAAAAAGCCGUUUAUGAUUGUAAUUGGGAAAAUUUCGAUAAAAGUAAUAUGAAAAUUGUGGCAAUAAUUUUGCCGAGCGCUCAAAAGACUUUAAAUAUAACGGCUGGCGGUAUGACGGUACUGAAUUUUACUUGUUUUCUUUCUGUUAUAAAAUUUAGUUACUCGGUAUAUAAUACUCUACGAUUGAAGGUUUAAAAAUGAUAAUUUUUUUUAUUAUUUUUACUAGAAAGACAUACUGAAAAAUGUGACGAGUUGAUGAUUUUAAUGCUUUUUUAUAUGAUGUGAAUUUAAUACCUACUGUCAAUAUACGGUAUGUACUCGAAAUCUAAUAGCCACAUUUAUAAGGUAUAAUUAGCAAGAACAUUUUCAUGCCCACAUAAUUUAAAAUUUCGAAGGCAUUCUUUUAAAAUACUACUUUAAUGAGAUAAUUAUAUAUGUACUUGAAUGUGAAAGUCCUAUGGUUCUGUUGCUAUUUUAUAAAUUGCCUACAAGUGGUGUUAAUUAAAUGCUUAUUAUAAAUAAGUAGCUUAUUAAUUUACAAUAGAUAUAAUAGCAAUGAAUUAGAAAGCCCAAAUGUUGUUUCUUAACAACAAAGCACAU